AUCGCAGCCCGAACCAACUCCGCCUUGCCUGGAAUCCGCUUUGGGCCUGCUCUGGGACUACCGUUACAAAACCGAAGAUUGUUGGAUUCGAGGAGAAACAGAAACCAUGGCAAAGAUGAAUGCUCUGCUGCUGGCCCUGGUUGUGUGCGUCGUGGCCCUCCUAGUACACACAUCGACUGCCUCAGUUCAGCCAAAGGCCCCAAAUUUCCAGUACUUUGAAAGACCCAAAUACCGUUAUCCCUACUACGAUGAGCAUGGACGGGGAAAACUGCUAUACGGCUACGGAGGACCGGAACUAUAUCAGUACAAGACCUACACGCCGCUGGAGGGCAUACACUGAGCCAUUAUUAACGACUAUUUAAACUAUAGCUGAUAAAGCUAAUAAUUUAUGUACUUUUGCUUUAUUU